AAUUCCAGGCUCUAUAUGUGCGCGCCUCGCACCACGUGACUUCCUUUCUGGUCUAACCUGACAACAUGGACGCCAGCCGCGUGCAGCCGAUCAAGCUUGCGAGAGUCACAAAGGUCCUCGGAAGGACCGGUUCUCAGGGCCAGUGUACACAGGUCCGUGUUGAGUUCAUGGACGACAGCAACCGCUCCAUCAUCAGGAACGUGAAGGGCCCAGUUAGAGAAGGGGAUGUGCUUACACUUCUGGAGUCUGAAAGAGAAGCCAGGAGGCUGCGAUAGUGCAAGAUGAAGCUGGGGUGCCACUGUACGGCUGUGGAGCACCAGAUGCCACCUGCUUCACUCACUGUGGACUACAGCUCAUGUUCAGAUGUGUUGAAAUAAAUUUGGGUAUUCACAUA